CUCAACUUCAAUUACAACAACUAUGCUGUCCAAUUUUGACUCCCAAAAAUGACGCAACAGUACAAACAAAAGUACUUGCAAUGGUUUCAAGGAAAUAGGGAGAAAAUAACAAGACAUCAGAAAUUACUCAUUUUGCCCUACCCUUACAACACCCACCCACCCCCUCAUCCUAUUUAUUUAAUCGAUUCUGGAAGGGUAAAAGGCGAAGUCGACUUCAGUGGAAUUCGAACUGAAAGCGUAAAGCCGGGAGAAAUGUCGCAAAGCAUUUUGUCCGGCGUGUUAAAAGAUUCUGCCAGCUCGCUGCCUAAUGAUGAUAACGAAAAGGUUACUGUUUGUUUAUGAAUGAAUGAAUGAAUGAAUGAAAAUCAUAAGCUUACACAUGUAAAUAAAACAAGGGAACUAACUGCAAAUAUUUAAGUGAAACUACCAAAAUGGCAGAACACGCUGCGCAUCUAACUGACACCACGUCAAAUAAAAGACCAUCAAUAUUCGAAAUCCUUGCACAGGAUAGUCUAAACAGAGUAAUACAGCCAGCAGUGAAACGUGCCGUGCGGGUUUUUGCGGAGCAAUUUCCAGACAAGUAUGGAUGGCUUAUAACGUAUUUUAAUGAGAUAUAUGCUUGCCUGGAUCUCUUCAUUCAGAAUUAUUAUUUAUACAGAUAUGGUGGAUCAUUUACAGAACAGUUUUAUGGAAUGAAACGUGUAACAAAUAGUGAAAAGGCUCUUAAAUAUCUCCCGAAGAAUGUUCAUUUAAAGUCUCUAUUAUUUUUGGUAAUUGUUCCAUACAUCAGAGAAAAAUGGAAACUCAGUUAUGAAAAUUUCAAAGAAAAUCAGCAUCAGCAUACACCUAGCAUUUAUAGACAGAUCAGAAUUCAUCCGAUGAAGACUGCUCUGUUAAGUGUCUUUCCCCAUAUCAAUGGUUUGUGGGAAUUAUUCAUAUUGUUGUUUGAACUAGGCUAUAUAUUUCAACAUACAAACUGGUCAUCUCCAGACCAGUAUUUCGCUGGUGUACAACUAGUAGCAGACUCUGAAGGAAAUGAUGUCUUCUCAAAAGCUGAUCCUAAGAAGACAAAUUUCCAAUUAUUGUUUUGUAGUAAUGUUUUUACGAGUUUCAUGAAUCUUCUGAAAUACCUGUUCAAAAUAACAUCUUUUGGUUUGUCUACUGGGUUAUCUGUUGGAGUAUUCUUCCUUCAAUUUCUGGAUUACUGGUAUAACACACAAAAUAAAAUGAACUCACCUGUUGCUCUGACAGCUCUACCAAUCCCUCCGAAACCUGAGAAGUUGAAAUUACCUGCUGGUUGUUCAUAUUCAACAUGUCCUCUUUGUAAAAAGACAAGAACUAAUGACACCGUGCUAAGUGUCACUGGGUUUGUAUUCUGCUAUCCCUGCAUCUAUGAUUAUGUGAGUGAAUACAAAUGCUGUCCUAUAACUAAAUAUCCAUCAAAUAUUCAACACCUCGUCAGGAUAUACUCAUCUGAAUGAUUUAUCAGCAAAAGCAAUUACUUUACAGAAAAUAACUGAUAAAUUAAUGAUCCUUAACAUUGGAAAAAGGUCACAAAUUUUUGGAGCUGUACACACAGAUAUUCAAAUUGAUCUCAGUAUUUGAUUGUAUGUUUUGGGGGUCUCCCUCCAACCAUUUGAAUUCCAGGCAAAGUCUGCCUUGGUGGUAUUUGAACUCAACAUGGCACCUAAGCACCUUGAGAUAUUUUGCUUGGUGUUCCACUAAAAUCCAAUAUAUACUGUCUUCUAGCUUCCAAAAAUAUCAAUUUGAUUUCAUUAUUGGAUUUCGCAUUAUUCUGUAAUUAGAUAUUCUUAUAGAAUAACUAAUGUUGAAUAAAUUAAAUUAAAUCAAGAAAAUAAGACAAAAGAGAAGGAAAGGAAAAGAAAAAUAUAUAUUUUGAAUAAUUUUCUUUUAUUCAGAUUUUUAAUAUUUCAGGUAAAAUAUAUUUUCAUAUUACGUAUUAUAAAUAUGUUAGAAAUAAAAUUUUUUU